GAGUCGGCAGGGCCGGCGCGCAUGUUCUGUCGUGUGCUCCCCUUCAAAGGUGACAGCGGCAAAGUGGCCGAAGGAGUGAUACGCGCAUGCUCUCGGGCGUCCCGGUGUCUGACGGAGACUCCGGACCCAGGGAUGGGAUUCCGCCCUGUCUACACCACCAUGCCUGGCUCUCUUCCUGUGAAUGCUGAAGCUUGCUGGCCAAAAGAUGUGGGAAUAGUGGCUUUGGAGAUCUAUUUCCCUUCCCAGUAUGUUGACCAGGCAGAGCUGGAGAAAUUUGACGGCGUAGAUGCAGGGAAAUACACCAUUGGCUUGGGCCAGUCAAAGAUGGGGUUCUGCUCUGAUAGAGAGGACAUCAACUCACUCUGCCUCACUGUGGUGCAGAAGCUUAUGGAGAAGAACAGUCUUUCUUACAACUGCAUUGGGAGGCUCGAAGUUGGAACAGAGACGAUCAUUGACAAAUCCAAAUCUGUAAAGACUGUCCUGAUGCAGCUGUUUGAAGAAUCUGGCAACACAGAUGUAGAAGGUAUAGACACAACCAAUGCGUGCUAUGGAGGCACGGCUGCACUCUUCAAUGCUGUUAACUGGGUGGAAUCGAGUUCUUGGGAUGGACGUUAUGCACUUGUCGUUGCUGGAGAUAUAGCUGUGUACGCAACUGGAAAUGCAAGGCCAACUGGAGGAGCUGGUGCUGUUGCAAUGCUUGUGGGUCCAAAUGCCCCUCUGAUUUUUGAAAGAGGACUGCGUGGGACACACAUGCAACAUGCCUAUGACUUCUAUAAGCCUGAUAUGGUGUCUGAGUAUCCUGUUGUUGAUGGGAAACUGUCCAUACAAUGCUACCUCAGUGCAUUGGAUCGCUGCUAUGCUGUCUAUCGCAAGAAGAUCCGUACUCAAUUGCAAAAAGAGGGAAUUGACAAAGAGUUCAGCUUGAAUGAUUUUGGCUUCAUAGUCUUUCACUCUCCAUACUGCAAGCUUGUACAGAAAUCUGUAGCUCGUCUGUUGCUGAAUGAUUUCCUUAGUGAUCAGACACCGAUGAAAGAAAAUGGGAUCUACAGUGGCCUGGAAGCUUUUAGGGAUGUGAAACUGGAAGACACCUACUUUGACCGGGAUGUGGAGAAAGCUUUUAUGAAGGCCAGUGCUGAGAUUUUCAACCAGAAAACCAAAGCUUCUUUACUCGUCUCCAAUCAGAAUGGGAAUAUGUACACGCCUUCAGUCUAUGGUUGCCUGGCUUCUCUCUUAGCUCAGUACUCUCUUCAGCAACUGGCAGGGCAAAGGAUUGGCAUCUUCUCUUAUGGCUCUGGGUUCGCUGCUACCCUGUAUUCUCUCAAAGUUACCCAAGAUGCAACCCCUGGUUCUUCCUUGGAUAAAAUAACUGCAAGCCUGUCUGAUCUGAAAGCAAGACUUGACUCAAGGAAGUGUAUCGCACCAGAAGUGUUUGCAGAAAACAUGAUGCUCCGGCAGGAGACUCAUCACCUAGCCAACUAUACUCCGCAAUGUUCUGUGGAUGAUCUCUGUGAGGGAACAUGGUACUUGGUACAAGUGGAUGAAAAACACAGAAGAACAUACGCUCGCCGCCCCUUUCUGGGUGAUGGGCCAUUGGAAGCAGGAGUUGAAGUUGUUCAUCUGGGCCUUGCUCAUGAGCAUAUCCCAAGCCCUGCCAAGAAGGUGCCAAGGAUUCCUGGGAAAACAGACUCUGAAGUCGUUGCUGUUUCCCUUUCUAAUGGGGAGCAUUAAGAUACCUCUGUGAGGUGGGAGUUGGAAAACAAAAGAUUAAGGAGGGGUGGGGAGCGUACAAGGGAUUAACUGUUUUUACUCAUAUUCUGCUGUACAGUACUGCUUAGUUGGAGCAUGAAAAAAAAAUUAAUCUUGAGGCUCUGUUCUUAAUGAUGCAGUUUGCUGACACAUACUGUUUCAUAACACUAAAAAAAAUUAGCAAGGUUCUUAGAAAAAAAAUGACCAACGGCUGUUUCUGAGGAGGAUUGGUUUUAAGAAAUAUGGGUCAGGAAUAGGUACUUUUAAUUUUGGCUCAGGAAAAAGAAAAAACGCACCAGUUGUGCUUCUCCUGUCUCGUUUUUAAUAAAUCUCUGCAAAUUUUGUAAAAUACACCUCCAAGGAGGAACCAAGACUUUUAAAAAGCCAUUGCUGAGGAAAAAUUAAUGUGACCUAAAGCCAUUUGUGAGACUUUUUAUGAAAUCUUAAAUGUUAGGGGCGUGUGUGCCUUAACAGCAUAAGCACCCAGUCUCUUAAAUGCAAGCGUUGUUCCGCUCUCUCCAAACAGCCCGUGGUUUUGAAGAGGAGAGGGUGCAACUGGCUUGUUUUUCAAGGUGCUGUUAAUUGGAGAAACCUUUCCCAAUUGCCAUUAUUGGCACAACCCUUACCAGAAAGCUGCGACGUAACUGAUUUUUUAAAAUUUGGUUUCCAACUGUGUGCCCUCAUCCUAGAAACUCCCUUAUCUUCUGCACCAUAUUUAUUUGCUGUGCUGGCAAAGCAAAAGAAUACACACACACACCCCUGGAGCAAACAGUUCCUUUUCCCCAAGAACUGCUCAUGGCAGGAUAUUGAAACAGCGAUGCUCUCUUGCCUCUUAGGAGGAACUGGCAAGUUGGCAAACUCUGAACUUCUUCACAUGUAAUCUUUUAUAAAGGUUACUCAAGAGCUUGCUUUGUAAACUUGACUUUCAGAUAGUACAAAAAGUUUGUCAAAACUCACAGCCCAAGAACAGUUCUUGUUUGUCUUGGAACUUAUUGCUCCUUUAGCCUGUCCUAUGUAUGUGGUUGGAUCCUAUUACAAUAGCUGUGGUUCUGAACUUCUGUACAUAGCUUCAUGUUUCAAACUCCCUAUUUAAAACUUCUUAGGCCUCUGCAGGAGCACCGGGAGACGGCAUUCCCUUGUGACCUCUACAACUUGCGACCCUUCAAACUGAAGGCAGCCCACCAGUUAUGUAUAUAGUGAGGGACUUGAUGAACCUCAGUUAGCUACAUGCAAUGCAAAAAGAGGCCUUUGUAGAGCCCUUGCUAGGGCUGCCUUUAGCAGUGUGAUCUCAUAAGGUGAUCAGAAGUUGCGUAGAACCUUGUUUUCUACAGUGAUUCUCUUGUUGGACUUUGAGUUCUGUCAGAGGAAGUGCUUGGUCAUUGGAAUUUGAAUAUCAUUCAAGGAACAAGUGUGGUACACAGAAGCUCCCUGGGGUUGACCAGCAAGCAAGUUGGGGUCAGCAUGGAUGAACACUGGACCUAAAGGAGAGGGAAACUCCUGGCUUGUAAAAUACAUUGCAUUUAAGCUUACUCCAUUUUCUCCAGUUUUUAUUUUGCUGCGAAAUUCAUCCAAAAGAGCUUUGGCUAAAAAAAAAAGGCUUACAGAGUUAGUACAUCUCGUGCUACGUUACAAGAGGCAGGGUUUGGGUGUAAUGUAGUGUCUUGGUUGUUUCUUUUUUUAAAAGCCUGUCACUGACUAAAAUGGUAUACUGGACAUCUGUACAGCGUGUUUAGAUGAAAUGUUUUGACUUAACAUGACUUGAUGAAAGCGGUCUGAAGUGCUGUGGCUAAAGCAUGGCAAGGGUACAAGCUGGGGCGGGGCGGGGUUGCUCUCACGUCACCUGACGUGAUUUGAGUCCAUUGCAGGCAAUGGACAAGGCCAAGAACCACAGCACAAAAAUUAAUCUUUAUAAACCUCACAAAACUAUGAGGCAGACGCCUUGUAAAAUAAACUUUGAGCUAUUUGAA